UCUUAAAAGAUUGAGGUAUAUGUUACUUUACAAAAAAAAUUGAUUUCAAUUGCAUUAUUCUUCAUUAAGAUAUUACUUUUACUCCAAUGAAAACUUUGAGAUCGACUGUUUCGAAAUUGGUAUAUGUGCUAUCUAUAUUUAUUUUUUCUUUUUUUUAUUUCUCAAAGUGAACUAUGAAGCAAGUAUAUACAUAUAUUCAUACAUAUACAUAUACAUAAUAAAUGGAUGAUAAUUAAAAGCAAACGAUCAUCAUCACAUUACGGAUCUGACCAAAGCAAAAUUAUAAAAAAUAAAGGAACAUAUUACUGAAUAAAAUGAGAAUAUAACGAAAUAAAAAGUACGUAAAAAGAUAUGAAUCUAAACUAUAAAAAAAUUUUUAAUGGUGAAUGGUAUGUCACGCGAGAUGGCACUAAGAAAAGAUACAUUGUAAAGAUCAAAACUAUUUACAUGAUUAUAUUAUGUUUUACGACGAACUUUUUAAGUUUCAUCGUCGUCGAACCAGGAACUCGUGUAACUCUUGACAAUUUAGCACCAAAAUCAGCGGCAUUUAAUGCCCUUUUUCGUCGAAAUUAUAAUUUAAAGAUAAGAAUACCCGCAGCUAAUGUAAUUACGGGAUUAAUAACAACGACAAUGGUAGCUAUAGCUGAUGAAUAUAAUAUUCCUUAUCUUUAUCUACCGUGGCUGGUAAAUACUAUCAAUGGAAUUGCAUUUUACGAGGGCCCUAUUUUUCUAAAUUUGUUUUACACUCUUUUACCGAACUUAGGAAUUCCAACAGGAUCGUUUCUACUUAUGAUAUUGCUUUUAUACGUUGAGGAACUAUGUGUCUGGAAUGAAGUAUUUAUCAGUUUUCAACGUAAUUGGUCUGAUUAUAAUAACAAAAAACAAAACAGCAUCAUCGAAAGCAAGGAAAAUAGUUUUACUUCUUCGAAAAACAAUGGGGAACUUUUUUCGGAGGAAAUUAUAAAAAAAAAGGAUCGGACUCUUCUCGAAAAAAUUCAAAAUCGAAGAAGAUCUUUUGAUUCUUACAAUAAAUCUAAUAAUCCCUUUUAUAUUAAUUCUAUUCUAACAGAACAUAUUUUCGAUAAUAAAAUAACUACUUAACAUGAUGACAAGAUGGAAUGGAAUAAACGAUGAUCGGUAUGAAGGGAAAAAAAUGAAUGCGUUUGAAAUAAAAUCGCGAGAACACACGAGGUGGUAAAGAAGAGUUGAAUCUAAAGUACACUUAUGUAACAAAGGCAUGUUUGCUUUCUUAAUUUAGAUAAUUUACGGAAAGUGUAAUAAAAAUUUCAUUCAUCUACCGACUUAAUUUUUUGUUCACAUAGAAGAUGGCAACGCACUAAAAAAAAAAAAUUUUAAGAUGAAGCUGGAUAAAGCAAACAAUGAUUGCUUAUCGUAGCGUAUCCUUUUCGUCGAUUGUGUUAUUUUUUUUCAAAUAUAAAAUAUAUAGAACGUCUAAGAAAUUUCCAUACAAACUUUAACCAACACAUUAUACGUUUAAACAUAAUACGAAAAUAUCAUAUAAACACAGGUUUACAAUUGUUUUCUCAACAGUUCUAACACUAAUAUAGAGAAACGUCAUAUUAACAGUCCGUUCAAAGUUGAGUCAGUAGAGGUAAAUAAAACAUUCGAGUGUAAGCAAAGGACUCCAGUUAUUGGUUGACGUACGAUAAUCAAUUGUUGAAUACAGAAGCGAA